UAUUAUUAUUAUUAUUAUUAUUAUUAUGGUUAUAAUCAUACACCCAGGCAGCGUAAUCGUUAUAAUCGUUAUAGCGGCGGUUUAAAGCAGGAGAAAAGUGGCCGGCGAAGCAAUUAUACCUACAAGAAAAUCACAUUGGGCGAAACGAUCUCGUACAACACGUACGUUCACACGCGCGCACGCUGCCGCGUGUGUAUAGCGUCAAUGUGUUACCAGCAAUAGACGGGCCACGGUACCUAACCACGCCGAUAAAACGGCACACGUACAUCCGCGGCGUCGAUAGUAGUGAGAGAUAAUAAUGUUGAUAAGGGUGUAGAGAGAACCGCUCGGCAACCCCUACUGGCUCCGGUGGCUAAACCGAACGAAUAUAAGAGCGAAAAGGACAUAGCAAAACUGUGCGCGUAGUUGUGUAGCGCGUAUGUACGUGUAUCUGGAAGGGGCGAGAAGAAGAAGGAUACAGAGGGUGAGAGCAAGCAAGAGGGAGUAAGAACGGGGUGAAAGAAAGAGAGAGGAAGAGAGAGAGAAAACACGCGCGGUAGUCAGAGGGGUGAGUAGGCGUGGCUAUGGACUACCCUCGAAGCAGCCGAUUGGACGGACCGUUGGUCUGCUUCGUCAAAUAAAAUCCAAUCGUUAGGACCAAAGGAAUGCGAGUCUCCUAGCUUUUUUCCUCCCUUGCCACUUGGCAAGCCACCCCUGCCUCUGUACCGUGCACCGUGGCCUUCCCACUCCAUUCCUUCUUCUCCGGAGCUCCGUCCCUUUUCCGCCUUCUGCGUCUCCCUUCCGUUACCUUUAAAGGGGGUGCGCGCAGCGCCGUUUGAUGGGAGUAUGAUUUUAUUACGGCAUUACCGAGCGAGCCAAACCCCGAAUUGCUCGGCUUAUAGUCUGUAUUAUCUCACCUAAGAGGGAAGAGGAGGGGCGGUUUGCACGCCGGUUUUCUCCAAGAGGUGGAACGGUAUCGAGAAGGGGCAAGGGUACAGAGUAACACACUCCCUCCUCCCUUCUACACCCUCUUCUACCUAUAUACCCACAAGCCACUGGCUAUACGUUAAAGGGGGCUGUUUCGUGAAUCCCGCUUCACGGGGAAGGGGCAACACAGCUAGCUAUAUGCCUUUGUCAGCUUUCAUUCGAGGGUUGCACGCUCUCACGUUGCGCUGCCACACUCUGGGCACCCCUUCUUUCUCUCUCUCUCUGUCUCUCUCUCUAUCCCUCUCUCUGCGCUCGCAUGCACGUCAGUUGACAUUCCGCUGCCGAAAUCGCACGUUCUUCCACGACGUAACCACCUUCGUGACAGUUCCGUGGCGGUUGAUUACUUGCGAAGUGAUAUGACACGCGUCUACGGUUCUAUCGAACGUUUCUGUGAUUUUUGAGUGAGACCAUGCCAUGCUCCGCAGUCGCGUGCUUCGAUUAACGCAUCGAUCCGACACGAGGACUCGGACAUACGCGCGAAUGGAUCGAGGGACGAUAUAGUGAUGUUCGUUUAGUCACUGCUGGUUUUGCAAAGAUGACGAAGAUACGCGUGUAAUGUCGAUUUCGAAUAUCGUGAGAGCUAUCGAUGCUGUUUACGCUGGCUGGAGCCGGAGAACUCGAGGACUUCGUUGAUUUAUACUUAAAUAGAAAGCAACGAGUGUUAAAUUGUGUAUAAAGCUCUUGAGUAGAUAGUAGCUGUAGUAAAAACUACGACUUUAAUGUAUAAUACAUUUGAUACAAGUAUCAGAUUGAGUGAACCAAAGGAAAUGUAUUUGUGAUUCAUAUUAGCUCAAAUAUUAUUAUCGAUUGUCAAAGACAAUACCAUUAUCGCAAGGAGAACAAUACGAUUCUGUGAUCGAAACAGAAGACCAAUCGGUGGAAACGAAGUUUGGGGGGGGUAGAGGGGAGGGACAGCAGUGGUAUGUUUCCUUCGUCAGCGGCGAUGCUGAAGAAUCUGCAACAAAGUGCAAUGACCUCGCCGUUUUUGAUGGAGAACUUGCUCCAGAGCAAGGCGUCGCCCGGUGCCGAUCUAACCAGCUUGACCUUGAACUGGGCGGCGAGUCUGGUAGCGAGACAGCGGGAACGAGAAUGCGAGGCGAACCUAAGGAUCUCCAGGGAGAAGGUCUCGCCGUCGAGCGCGAAUCAGGAUCAGCUGGAUCAACGAUCCUCCACCGGUGCACGUGGCUCGGAUCGUGGAAGUUCGAUGAUCGAUUGCAGGGACCAUCAACGAGGAUCUUCCGGGAGGAUCGAUCGACAGAAUGAUCGCAUGCACAUUCUACGAGAGAAGGACGGUAUGGAGAGGAAUCAGAUCACGUACGUGGACGUGGACAACGAGAGAAUCGACGGGCACGUAAUCGUGGAUCGUUUAUGUGCGAUGGAGAGGCUCUGUAACGAGAGGAUCGAGAACCGAUCGAGUUCCGCGGUGGACUCGUGCAACUCGAACGUCGACGAGGAUCCGACAAGUAUCGAGAUGGACGGAGGACUUCAAGGCGAGAGGGAAAAGGACGAUGGAAUUCUAGGAGGUGAACGCGUAACGGCAUUACAGCCGGACAGGCGGUACGACCUUGGAUGCAGAAACGUCAUGCACACGUCCGAUGAGAUGACGAUUCAAGGGGAGAGAGACGUGGCGGUCGAGCGUGUCGUCGACAGGAUAGGUGAGAGAACGACCGCCUGUUCCUGCGGCGAUGAGCAGUGCUUAGGACCCGCAUGCAGAACCAUCCAGGAGAAGGAGAAGCCGCAGCUCAAGUUCAGCGUCAACGCUAUACUUGGCGGCAAUCAUGACAGGCGACCGCAUUCGGAGAAUUUCCAAGGACUUCCGCCGGAAGCGAUACCGGCGUUCUUGCAGAAUUUACAAAAUUCUGCGAGUUACAGUAUCGCGAAACCGAUCGCCAGACCAGCGGCUUAUCAUCCUUAUCACAGGCCGAGUCAUCAGCCACCUCAGCGUCAUUUACCCCCGAAUGCGCACCACACGUUGCAACAAUUGUUCUACAGGGGACCCUACUUAACAGUUGCGGGUUCUGGAACUGGAGGUCAUCAUCCGGGUGCUCCAGGUGGUGGGACAGCGUUUCCAGGUGCGAUUCAAGGUGGUCUGGGUGAUUUCACGAGCACUGGCCUGGUAUUUCCAUGGGCAACAAACGCACGUGGAAAACCUCGUCGAGGAAUGAUGAGAAGAGCGGUUUUCUCGGACCUUCAAAGACGUGGCCUUGAGAAGAGGUUUCAGAUACAAAAGUACAUCAGCAAGCCAGAUCGUAAGAAAUUGGCUGAGAAACUCGGCCUGAAGGAUUCUCAGGUGAAGAUUUGGUUCCAAAAUCGGCGAAUGAAAUGGAGGAAUAGCAAAGAGAGAGAGUUGCUAGCAACCGGAGGUUCUCGAGAACAAACGUUGCCAAACAAGAACAAUCCGAAUCCUGACUUAAGCGACGCGGAUGGAGACAGGCCGAGGAUGGACUUGAGCGACGUGAGUCCUUUAACGAGUCCUCAACGGCCGGAAGAACAAACAGAGAACGAAGAAGACGAGGAGAUCAAUGUCACGUGAUGAAAUUCCAGUGAACAUCCUGAUAUAAACGUGUUCGUUUGAUGAGACACGAUCGUGACUCAUAAUUCAGGAUUAAAAACAAAGAACAAUUAGCAGGCAGUGAAAGUGUAUGAAAAACACAUCUGGUGAAUUUCAAAGGAAGUUUCACUACCGCUUAAAUCAUAAUCAAAAUGUGUCUGUUCGAUGAAAUAAUAAUGGUUCGUUACAGAUUCGGGACUCACAGGAGAAAAUUUGACAAUUUAGACUACGAUUGAGGAUAAAAAUUUUAAUCGAUCGAGGUCACUAAGUUAUCUAUGAUAUUUAAUUAUUUUAUAUAUUGAGAAAUGUAAAAGAUUGCGUUUGAAUUGACUAUAAAUAUUCAAUAUACCAAUACAUUAUAUAAGAAAAAGGAAUAAAAAGCAAUAUUGAGUCAUGUUUGGUAGAUGUAACUUGCAGUUAAAGUGACCUUGAAUGUAUGAAAGCAUUCUAUAAUUUAUCCGUAAAAUUUUUAUGGAACUUGAAAAAAACGUUCGUGAGAGUGAUAGAUUCUCCUGUGCGUAUCCUGAGAUUUGGAGCUUUCAAAUAAUUUCCAAUCCUUUAACGGUAAUACAAUCUUUGUAUUUAGAAAUUGCAACAUUGUUUUUUUUAACGGUAAAGCUCAUCUUUGUGUAGAUGUAAUUUUACUUUUUGCGAUCUGUGACCCCAUCUUCCAAUAACUAGAUGAUAUAAAACAAUCAGAAAUAUAUGACACGAUGAAAAUCGUAACAGAAUUGUGACAAAAUAAUUUCC